CCGCCUCAUUCUACUAGCAACCAUUGGCAGGAACUGAGCGUCUUAUCUCUCGCCUCCUCUUACUGCACCCAUGACAGGACUGGACAGCAGGGCUGACAAUGCUGCCCAGUGCUGGGGCUGCUUCCUGUGUUUCUGCCCCAGCGCAGGCCUCCACAGGGCCUUGCUUCCUGUUGUGAGCCAUCGCCAUGGCAACUUGAGGCCCGGACCUCAGCACCUCCACUUGCCAAGAUGGUCUCUAGGGGCCAGUCCAGCUCAGACCUGCUGUGUGGUCCCGGGAUUCUGUGACUCAAGGUCUCGGUUCUGUCCUGUCCACCUCUCUGCCUUGGCAGGAGCGGCCUUGGGAGUCUUGAGUGAGGAAGCCCCUUCCAUCAGCUGCUUUGUCUGGGCUCCCCGGAGCUCAGCUCCCAUCCAGGGCCCAGGGCCCAAACCCCUGCUGUCCCCACCACCUGAUCCCCACCAAAGGCUGGACACCCCCAAAGCCAUUGCCUCCAUGUUCCCCCGAGCCCUUCUGACCCCUGCCCCUGCCUGCUUGCCCCAUCUGCCGGCCCUGUCUGUCUGUCUCAUCGUCUGUCUGUCUGUCUCGUCAUCUGUCUGCCUGAGAGACAGUAGGAGGAAAAGGCUGGGACGCGCCCUGCUGGACACGUGUCCGGUGCAUUGUUCACCCCCUGCUGGGAAAUCACCUACAUUGUCAAGAUCGGGGCCCUGGAGGGUGUGAGUGUGUCUGCGAGUGCAGGGGGGAUGGGGUGUGUGUGUGUGUGUGUGUGUGCCAGGUUCAUCUAUGUGUGGAAUGCCGGGUU